AUGUUGCCUUUGGAGAAGGCAUUUGCCACCCCCAGGAGCUCCCUGAUUCCCCCAGAACUGCCUAUGCUAGGAUCAGCAGCUGAGGACCAAGAGGAGGACCCCAAGACUGUCGUCGGGAAGGACCUUGAGUUCUCCCGCCAGCACUUCCGGAACUUCAUCUACCAGGAAGCCGCCGGGCCCCACCAGGCCCUGACCCAGCUGUAUGAGCUGUGCCGCCAGUGGCUGCGGCCCGAGGCGCACUCCAAGGAGCAGAUGCUGGAGCUGCUGGUGCUGGAGCAGUUCCUGAGUGUCCUGCCUGACAAAGUACGGCCCUGGGUGGUGGCACAGCAUCCUGAGAGCUGCACGAAGGCAGCCUCUCUGGUGAAGGACCUUACCAAGGCCCUAGAAGAGCCAGGUGGGCCCAUGAGGGCCAGUGAAGAUCUGGAACCCAGCGAGACCCAGGCAUCCCCCGACACCUCCUGUCCCACUCUAGACCCUGUGCUUCUGGAACAGGGGAACAUCGGCGACGAGAAGACUGAAGAGGCCAAGCCUGCAAAGGUUGAGCCGAAGAAGUUGACAUUUCCGGAGGUGCCUCUGUACCUGGGCGAGUGGGGCCACCUGGACCCGGCGGAGGAGAACCUGAAGACCUUCCGGAAACUGCUCUUGUGGGGGUUUCAGCUUGCCCAGCCUGAUGAUGCCUGCCGGCUGGAGACAGAGGAACUUCGGUUGGUUGAAACAGAACCACCAGAAGGCAGCUUCUCAGGCGGCAGGAGGUGGCAGGAAGGUAAAGAGAACAUGUGUGAGACGCUGAUGGAGAGGAUCACGAGGGAAAUUCUCGUUUGCCCCCUAACGGGUGCUGCCCCAGAAGAGGAAGAGCAGCUGCAGAAGGCUCUGGAGCCUCAGGAGGGGGAACCAAGCCCUGUCACCAUAGCCCACAGGCGGUCAGUCAUCCGGGAGCCAGCCCAGGACAGGGGCACAGCUGGGGGGAGCCUUACUGUGGCUAUAAGGCCAGCCACCCCACACCAAGGCCUUGGAAGAAAGAGGCCCCGCCCAAAAGAUGUGGGUGGGCAGGGCCCCGAGUGUGUCUCCAGUGUGAGCAACCACCCAUUGUGCCACGUGAGGGAGCCUGAUGCAGCUGGCCACAGCGCAGGGUCCCUGGCCAGGCAGGACCGGGAUGGCCCUGCGGCAGGCUGCCCUGCUGCCGAUGAGCCUGGGCUGUCCCGAGGGAAGCCUUACGCGUGCAGCGAGUGUGGGGAAACCUUUGCGUGGAUCUCACAUUUCAUUGAUCAUCUCAGAAGCCACAGUGGCAGGAAGGUGUAUGCGUGCCAGGGCUGCUGGAAGACCUUCCACUUCAGCCUGGCCCUGGCCGAGCACCAGAAGACCCACGAGAAGGAGAAAAUCUACGCGUUGGGCAGGGCCCUGGGACCCCACCCUGGGCUUUUCCUUGGUGUGAAUCCUCUGGUGUUCUACGAGAAGGGAGCUCUGGCUGAAGGCUCUGCCACAGGCGUUACAUUCGCCUUCCCACACUGCCUGCACUCGUACGGCUUCUCUCCCGUGUGUGUCCGCUCGUGCUGGCUGAGCGAUGAGCUGUGGCUGAAGGUUUUCCCACACUCGUUGCACCCGUGCUGGGUGAGGUGGAUGCUCUGCCGGAAGGCCUUGCCACACUCGCCGCACUCGUACGGCUUCUCCCCGGUGCGUGAAGGCUGCUCGCACCACAUGGCUGUCUCGGCUCUCAUGACCCUGUCCCCGGUGGCCCUCGGCAUCGUCACCCUCAGGGCCCCGCCCCCAGCGCCCGCACCGCCCGCACCGCCCCCACCGCCCCCGAAGCAACCAGCCCCGGGCCCAAAGCAGGAAAAGGGGCUCUACAGACGCACGCGGGAAGACCCCGGAUGCCCGCCCGUCUCGGCCUCCCCCGUUCCGACCACCCCAGUCUCACUCACCAGCCGGACGGCAGGACAAAGGCCGCGGCCGCCACCAGCCGGGUCUGGGCCUGCGCAGGCCGGCGCCCAACUACAUCUCCCAGAGGGCGGCGCGCGCACUUCCGGUUGUUUCCGUGUUCGCCUCGCCCCCGCCCGGGGCAGUGGCUCGUGCGUUCGGAGUACGAGCUCGGCCUCGAGGACCCCCGCCGGCCUUAGCCUCGCCUCGCCUCCCCGCCCCAAAACCCUUCCACGCCGCAUUCCCUUGUCUGAUGGCCGGACGAAGGCCACGCCCGCGUUUGACCGGGACUGCGCCUGCGCAGGCGGGCGCCGAACUACAACUUCCAGAGGCCCACGCGCGGGUUCCGUGCACUUCGGCCCCAGCCGUCCGGUCGUGGGGGAACCGAGUUCGAGUUUCGACGACCGUGCUCAUGGCGUGGUCACGAGUGUCCAGUCCCCGCGGGCUGUGCCGUGGGCCCCGCGAACGUCGCCCCCGCGCUCUUACAGCGGUAACUGGCCGCGGACUAGUGUAGACGGAGUGGUCAGGGGGGUCGGGGAGGACGCUGAGCAGAGGCCGUGGGAAGAUCCCGAGGAGCAGUGUCCGCGAGGAGGGCGCAGCCGGGCUGAGGCCGCGUGGGCAGGGCCUGUGAGUGAGGAGGGCGGCCAGGUCAAAGGCACCGAGGCCGACCUGGCGCCCCGGGAAAGGCUCCUGGAACUGGUGGCGCGGGCGAAACUCCUCUUCUGUAGCUUGCGGAACACAGACGGCCGACCGCCAGCUGAGCGCGGCGCUGGGGGUCGCUGUCACCCAAGGAACGCGGCCGGCGCGGCGACAGUCGGAGACGUGGCGGGUCCGGGUCGCCUGCAGGACGAGUCCGCCAGGGGUCGCUGUCACCCGGGGAACGCGGCGGCGGGGACGGUGGGUCCCGGGUCGCUCCGCAGGACGAGCCCUUCGGGGGUCACUGUCACCCGGGGUGAGCGCCAGGCGCGGCGACACCCGGGAGACGCGUCGGGGCCCGGGUCGCCCCGCAGGACGAGUCCUUCGGGGUUCGCUAUCACCCGGGGAAAGCGCCAGGCGCAGCGACACCCGGGAGACGCGGCGGGGCCCGGGUCGCCUGCAGUACGAGUCCGCCAGGGGUCGCUGUCACCCGGGGAACGUGGCGGCGGGAGUGGCGGGGCCCGGUCGUUCCACAGGACAAGCCCUUCGGGGGUCGCUGUUACUCGGAGAACGCGGCGGGCGCGGCGAAACCCGGGAGACGCGGAGGGUCCCGGGUCGUCUGCAGGAAGAGCCCUUCGGGGGUCACUGUCACCCGGGGAACGCGGCGGCAGGGGUGACGGGUCCCGGGUCGCCCCCAAGGACGAGCCCUUCGGGGGUCGCUGUCACUCGGGGAACGCGGCAGGCACAGCGACACGCGGGAGACGCAGCGGGUCCCGGGUCCCUCCGCAGGACGAGCCCUUCGGAGGUCGCUGUCACCCGGGCGGGGGUGGCGGGUCCCGGGUCGUUCCGCAGGACGAGCCCUUCGGGGGUCGCUGUCACUCGGGGAACGCGGCGGGCGCGGAGACACCCGGGAAACGCGGCGGGUCUUGGGUCGCCCCACCGGGGGAGUCUGCCGACGAGUCCGCCGGGGGUCGCUAUCACCUGGGGGACGCGGCCGCGGGAGUGGCGGCUCCCGGAUCGCCUGCAGGACGAGUCCGCCGAGGGUGGCUGUCACCCGGGGGACUCGGCGGAGGGGACAGCGGGUUCCAGGUGCCCCGCAGGACGAGCCCUCCGAGGGUCGCUGUCACCGGGGGGGACGCGGCGGGGGUGGCGGGUCCCGGGUCGCCUGCAGGACGAGUCCGCCGGGGGUCGCUGUCACCCGGGGCCCGCGUCCGCUCACUGCGUGGCGUGCAGUUUCUGGUGGUCGAGGAGGUGGACCAUCCAGGGGAAGGCCUUCCCGCAGACGCCGCACUCGAAGGGCCGCUCGCGGCCGGAGGGCUCCCCGCGCGGGUCUCCAUCCGCAUCCUGGGCGCGGGGGCCUCCAUCCGCCGCUUCCAACGGGCCGGCCUCCCCUGGCCCCUCGCCCCCGCCCCGCCGGGGCCUCUUGCGCAGCGGCUGCAGCAGGUGGAUCUUCCGAUGCUCCUCCAGGACGGAGGCGUGCAGAAAGGCCUUGCCGCACUCGGGGCACGAGAAGGGCCCCUCUUCCAGGUGGCGCUUCUGGUGCUCGAUGAAGUGGGUGACCCAGGUUCGGGGACCCUGCGACUGCACCCAGGUCCUCAUCUUGCUGGGCAGCGCACCCAGGAACUGCUCCAGCACCAGCAGCUCCAGCAUCUGCUCCUUGGAGUGCGCCUCGGGCCGCAGCCACUGGCGGCACAGCAUCCAGAGCUGACCCAGUGCGCGGUGUGGCCCACCUGCCACGCGGUACUGGAACUGUCGGAAACGGGAGAUGCCACCUGGGCCGGGGCUGGGCGCAACGGCGCGCCCCGGCCCCCUGCCCACCUCCACCUCGGCCCCCCCGCGUGGCCCGCGAGGCUCGCCCGUCUCCCUCAUCCCCGGGGCCCCGCGACGGCUUCCCCGACCCGGCUCGGCCCCGCCGCCGGCCUCGGGCUGCGCCUCCCGCCCGAGCUCGGACUCGUCUCCACCCGCGCUUCCUCUAACGCGAUCCCGGCCAGCGCCCGCCGACUCCGGCGCCCUCGGCCCGCCCCGCGGCCCCUUCCCGCGGGCAGGCAGCCCGGCGGGCGCACUGACGGACGAGGGACAGGCGGCGGGACGGCCGGACGGGCCGCGGCGGACUCACCGCGCGCGGGCUCCGCUCCGGCCAGGGCCGCUCCGUCAUGGCGGCGCCUCGGCUUCCGAGCGAGCCGCGCCGCCGCCGCGCGGACUACAACUCCCAGAACCCCGCGCGCCGCGGGCGGCCGCCAUUGGCCCGGAGAGGCGCGCAGAGUGGUCCCCGAGCGUCACCCGCCGCGGGACUCCCCGGCGGGGGACGGGGUAGUAACGCGCCGGGCUGCGCGGGCCAAUCGGAAGCCGCCCGGAACGGGCUUCUACGCCCCCGCGGUGCCCCAGAGUUACCCAGGACGUAUCCGGUCGCCAUGGCAACGGGGCACGCCGCGUCUGAGUGAGAUCGUGCAGGACCAGGUGGGCCCAGAGGCUGGGGACUGGUUCAGGGGUUUGCCUGAUGCCUUUGAUGAGACCAAGUUCCUCACCGUCAGCAUGCUGCUUUUCUGCAGCAUCUGGAAGGCCUUCUUGCCCCUAAUACUUCUCAGGCUUCUUGGACUCUCCGGAGCCGCCGAUUGCGCGCUUCUGGAGUUCGGGAACCUGACCAACGGUAACUCCGGGGAAUUACAGGGCUGCAGCGCGGGCUUUUCGGGUCGUGGUAGUUCCGCUUCGUUCUCGGAGCCGCCGUCGCCCCGAGAGGCUGCGCCGGCCGCGCGGCUCCGGUUGUCUCCGUGGUGUGGGGCCGCCCCGGGCGGUCUAUCCGGGGCCCCGAGCCGGUGGGCGCUGGAGGGAGCGGGUGGGGCUGCAGGUGGCUCCUCGAGGAUCUCGGAGUCGGAAGAGGCGGUGGCCGCGGGGCCCCUGGCAGCCCGCGCCUCGGGGCAGGUAACCUUCGAUGAUGUAGCCGUGGACUUCACCCAGGAGGAGUGGGGCCUUCUGGGCCCUGCCCAGCGGACCCUGUACCAUGCCGUGAUGCUGGAGACCUUGAGACACCUGGUCAGUGUGGAAACAGAGGUGACCUUUUGGCGGAGCGGCUCCCUGUACCUGCCAUGGCGACGCUUCCGGACCAACCGGAAGCAUACCGCCCGGAACUACAACUCCCAGGAGCCCGCGCGGCGCGUCCUGGUCGACGCCGGGGGAGCGGCCGCCAUUGUCCGCCGCCGAGGUGAGGCGGUUGCCGAGGCGGUGAGGCUGUCGCCGCCGCCGCCGCCGCCGCCGCCGCCGAGGACUGGGAGGGUCGGGAGAGCGAGCGGCAAGACGCGUCGCCUGCCAUCGGGGCCAGCGCGGCGCCAGGGCGGGUCCCGCACCCGCCCUUUCCGCGCUGGCUUCGCGCCCCCGUUUCCCUUGGUUCUGCCACCCUCCCGCCUCCCGCCUCCGGGCUCGCGGCAGCGCUGGGCCGGCUGGGCGGGCCCGGGGGAAACCCUGCACGUCCGGCCUGGCGCCGGGUCGCGGCCGCUGGCCCGGCACGCCUUUGUCUCCCCCGCCGCGCGCGAGGAUCCCAAGUGCACCGCCGGGCCGAACCUUGGAGCGGAACAAAAGCCGGACGCCCCCGGCCGAGCGAUCCCGAGUUUGCUAAGUCGCUUGCCGAGAGCGGCGGGGACCGGCUCGCAGGGGUGGGAGGCCGGGAGCCGCGGACCAGGUAAGGCGGGCCGCUCGCCGAUGGCAGCCAUCAACCCGUGGGCCUCGUGGGGUGUCCUUACAGACCAGUCCUGGGGAAUGGCGGCUGUUGACCCAUGGGCCUCCUGGGCUCUAUGUCCUCAGGACUCCACCUGGCAUGUGGAAGAGAGCCCCGAGGAGGAGAGGAGGGCCACUGGGCUUCCAACAGCCCAGGUCCAGGAACCAGUGACCUUCAAGGAUGUGGCGGUGGACUUCACCCAAGAGGAGUGGGGACAGCUGGACCCUGUUCAGAGGACCCUGUACCGCGAUGUGAUGCUGGAGACCUAUCGGCAUCUGCUCUCUGUGGGGAAUCAGAUUGCCAAGCCGGAGGUCAUCUCUCUGUUGGAGCAAGGAGAGGAGCCAUGGUCAGUGGAACAAGCAUAUCCUCAAAGCACUUGUCCAGAGUGGAUGAGAAAUCUUGAAAGCAAAGCAUUGAUCCCAACACAAAGCAUUUUUGAGGAAGAACAAUCCCAUAGCAUGAAGUUGGAAAGAUACAUAUGGGAUGAUCCUUGGUUCUCCAGGUUAGAAGUCUUGGGAUGUAAAGACCAAUUAGAAAUGUAUCACAUGAACCAGAGUACAGCUAUGAGGCAAAUGGUCUUCAUGCAAAAGCAAGUGCUGUCUCAAAGAGGUUCUGAAUUCUGUGAACUUGGAGCAGAGUAUAGCCAGAACUUAAACUUAGUUCCGUCUCAGAGAGUUUCUCAAAUAGAACAUUUCUAUAAGCCUGAUACAAAUGCUGAAAGCUGGCGGUGUAACUCAGCCAUAAUGUAUGCAGAUAAGAUUACCUGUGGAAAUCAUGAUUAUGACAAAGCCUUGCACCAGUCUGUACAACCUAUUCAGCAUGAAAGGAUGCAAACUGGAGAGAAUCUUCUCAAAUGUACUGAUGCUGUUAAAUCUUUCAAUCAUAUAUUACAUUUUGGUGAUCAUAAGGGAAUGCAUACAGGAGAAAAACUCUAUGAAUAUAAGGAAUGCCAUCAAAUCUUUAACCAGAACCCAUCAUUUAAUGAACAUCCACGACUUCAUAUUGGAGAAAACCAGUAUGAUUACAAAGAAUAUGAGAAUAUCUUUUAUUUCUCCUCAUUUAUGGAGCAUCAAAAAAUUGGUACUGUAGAGAAAGCGUGUAAAUACAAUGAAUGGGAGAAAGUCUUCGGGUAUGACUCAUUCCUUACUCAACAUACAAGCACUUACACCUCAGAGAAACCCUAUGAAUAUAAUGAAUGUGGGACAUCUUUCAUCUGGAGCUCUUACCUUAUCCAGCAUAAGAAAACUCAUACUGGAGAGAAACCCUAUGAAUGUGAUAAAUGUGGAAAAGUGUUUAGGAAUCGUUCAGCCCUUACUAAACAUGAACGGACUCACACUGGAAUAAAGCCCUACGAAUGUAAUAAAUGUGGAAAAGCCUUCAGCUGGAAUUCUCAUCUAAUUGUACAUAAAAGAAUUCAUACAGGAGAGAAACCUUAUGUAUGUAACGAAUGUGGAAAAUCUUUCAACUGGAACUCACAUCUUAUUGGACAUCAGAGAACUCAUACUGGAGAGAAACCUUUUGAAUGUACUGAAUGUGGGAAAUCUUUCAGCUGGAGCUCCCAUCUUAUUGCCCAUAUGAGAAUGCAUACUGGAGAGAAGCCCUUUAAAUGUGAUGAAUGUGAAAAAGCUUUCAGGGAUUACUCAGCGCUUAGUAAACAUGAAAGAACUCACUCUGGAGCAAAACCAUAUAAAUGUACAGAAUGUGGAAAAUCCUUCAGCUGGAGCUCCCAUCUCAUUGCCCAUCAGAGAACUCACACAGGAGAGAAACCAUAUAACUGUCAGGAAUGUGGCAAAGCAUUCAGAGAACGCUCAGCCCUCACUAAACAUGAAAUCAUUCAUUCUGGAAUCAAGCCUUAUGAAUGUAAUAAAUGUGGAAAAUCCUGCAGUCAGAUGGCUCACCUUGUUAGACAUCAAAGGACUCAUACUGGAGAAAAGCCCUAUGAGUGUAAUAAGUGUGGAAAAUCCUUCAGCCAGAGCUGUCACCUUGUUGCUCAUCGGAGAAUUCACACUGGUGAGAAACCUUAUAAAUGUAAUCAAUGUGAAAGAUCCUUUAACUGUAGCUCUCACCUUAUUGCACACCGGAGAACUCAUACUGGAGAGAAACCAUAUAGAUGUAAUGAAUGUGGGAAAGCAUUUAAUGAGAGUUCUUCCCUCAUUGUACAUCUAAGAAACCAUACUGGAGAAAAACCCUACAAAUGUAAUCAUUGUGAGAAAGCUUUCUGUAAGAAUUCUUCUCUUAUUAUUCAUCAGAGAAUGCACAGUGGAGAGAAACGCUUUAUUUGCAAUGACUGUGGAAAAGCCUUUAGUGGUCACUCAGCCCUACUUCAACAUCAGAGAAAUCAUAGUGAAGAGAAACUGUGAAUUGAAUUGAUAGAUUUUUCUUUUAUUGUACAUUUGGCAACAC